UUGCACUCACUAAUAGAAACAGAGUGUCAGAGUCUUUUGGUCGGUUUCAGAGAUGAACAGCAUGCAUAUAGAAACCCCGGAAACACUUGCCGAUGGUGGCAAAAACUUUGACGAUGAUGGACGAGUUAAAAGAACUGGGACAUGGGUGACUGCAAGUGCUCAUAUUAUAACCGCUGUGAUUGGUUCUGGAGUUCUGUCUCUUGCAUGGGCAAUUGCGCAGAUGGGUUGGGUGGCUGGCCCUGCAGUACUCUUUGCCUUCUCUUUUAUCACCUAUUUCACUUCCACUCUUCUCGCUGAUUGUUACCGUUCACCUGACCCUGUCCAUGGCAAGCGAAACUAUACAUAUUCUGAGGUUGUCAAAGCUAACUUAGGAGGCAGGAAAUUUCAGCUGUGUGGAUUAGCUCAGUAUAUAAAUCUUGUUGGUGUAACCAUCGGCUACACAAUAACUGCAUCGAUUAGUAUGGUGGCGGUGAAAAGGUCGAACUGUUUCCACAAACAUGGGCAUCAAGACAAGUGUUAUAUAUCAAACAACCCAUCCAUGAUCAUAUUUGCCUGCAUCCAAAUCUUUCUAAGUCAAAUACCAAACUUCCACAAGCUCUCUUGGCUCUCAAUCGUUGCAGCCGUUAUGUCUUUCGCUUAUUCUUCCAUUGGCCUUGGCCUCUCCCUAGCCAAAGUCUCAGGUGGGAGCCAUGUACGAACAUCCUUAACAGGGGUGCAAGUUGGGGUGGACGUAUCAGGAUCAGAGAAGGUUUGGAGGAUGUUUCAAGCUAUUGGUGACAUUGCCUUUGCUUAUGCUUUUUCUAAUGUGCUCAUUGAGAUCCAGGAUACCCUAAAGUCAAGCCCACCUGAGAACAAGACAAUGAGGAGAGCAAGCUUGAUUGGGAUUCUGACUACAACAUUGUUUUAUGUACUAUGUGGGUGCUUUGGUUAUGCUGCAUUUGGAAAUGAUGCACCAGGAAAUUUUCUCACAGGAUUCGGCUUCUACGAGCCCUUUUGGCUAAUUGACUUUGCUAAUGUCUGCAUAGCAGUACAUCUAAUUGGGGCGUACCAGGUUUUUGUCCAACCAAUAUUUGGAUUUGUGGAGAAAUGGAGUAAAGAAAAAUGGUCAGAAAGCCAAUUUAUAAAUGGAGAGCAUCCUUUGAACAUUCCUCUGUGUGGAAGCUAUAACGUAAACUUCUUCAGAAUAGUGUGGAGAACUGCGUAUGUGAUUAUCACAGCUGUUUUAGCUAUGAUAUUUCCAUUCUUCAAUGACUUUUUGGGACUGAUUGGUUCCUUAUCCUUUUGGCCAUUGACGGUGUAUUUUCCCAUCGAGAUGUACAUUAAGCGGUCCAAGAUGCAAAAGUUUUCAUUCACCUGGACUUGGCUCAAGAUACUGAGUUGGGUUUGCCUAAUCAUUUCUAUUAUCUCAGCUGUGGGCUCCAUUCAGGGCCUUGCUCAACAUCUCAAAAAGUACAAGCCCUUCCAAACACAACAAUGAUACUAAUCCUUUUCUUUUGUUUGAUCCAUCUUGAGAGAGACUAGU